AUGAUCUCCAGGGCGGCGGUGGCGCCUACCACCCAUUCCAUCUCACACCUCUCGUCGCGCGCCCUCUCCUCAGCAAGUGCCGCGGCCGCCACCAGCACAACCCGUUUUCCAUCCUCACAGAAACAAACAGGGCAGCAAGCACAGUCGCAGUCGCAGCAACCCCAAGCGCAAGCACAGCAGCAGCGUAAAUAUGCUACUGUUCAGGAUCCCGCUGCGGUGCCCCCGCCCAGAGUGCAUGGAGGAUUGAAGGACCGGGACCGCAUAUUUCAGAAUUUGUACGGCAGACAUGGGCCUGAUUUGAAGAAUGCAAUGAAGACUGGUGACUGGUAUAAGACGAAGGAGAUCUUGCUGAAGGGGCAUGACUGGAUUAUUUCUGAGAUCAAGGCUUCUGGAUUAAGAGGACGAGGAGGCGCAGGGUUUCCUUCGGGAUUGAAAUGGUCUUUCAUGAACUUCAAAGAUUGGGACAAGGACCCACGACCACGAUAUCUUGUCGUAAACGCCGAUGAGGGUGAGCCAGGAACGUGCAAAGACCGGGAAAUUAUGCGCAAGGACCCGCACAAACUUGUUGAAGGAUGUCUUGUAGCCGGCCGUGCGAUGAAUGCUACCGCUGCUUACAUUUAUAUCCGUGGCGAAUUCUACGAAGAGGCCACUGUUCUACAACGUGCGAUUAAUGAAGCAUACGAAGCUGGGUUGAUUGGAAAGAAUGCUUGCGGGUCUGGCUACGAUUUUGAUAUUUAUAUCCACCGUGGAAUGGGAGCUUACAUUUGCGGUGAAGAGACGUCGUUGAUCGAAUCUAUUGAAGGAAAAGCCGGAAAACCUCGUCUAAAGCCUCCGUUCCCCGCCGCAGUCGGUCUAUUUGGAUGCCCUAGUACCGUUACUAAUGUCGAAACAGUCGCUGUGGCGCCGACAAUUUGUCGUCGUGGUGGCAAAUGGUUCGCUUCUUUUGGUCGCGAACGAAACCAGGGUACCAAACUCUACUGCAUUUCUGGCCACGUUAACAACCCAUGCACCGUUGAAGAAGAGAUGUCCAUCCCUCUUCGCGAACUUAUUGACCGCCACUGCGGUGGUGUUCGUGGCGGUUGGGACAACCUUCUCGCCGUCAUCCCCGGCGGUUCAUCCACGCCCAUCCUGCCCAAGCACGUUUGUGACGACCAGAUCAUGGACUUCGACGCCCUGAAGGACUCUCAAUCCGGUUUGGGAACCGCUGCCGUCAUUGUGAUGGACAAAUCUACCGACGUUGUCCGCGCCAUCUCCCGUCUCUCCUACUUCUACAAACACGAGAGUUGCGGCCAGUGCACACCGUGCCGAGAGGGCAGCAAAUGGACCAUGCAGAUCAUGCAGCGUUUCGAGCGUGGUCAAGCCCGCGAACGUGAAAUCGACAUGCUCCAGGAACUCACCAAGCAAGUUGAAGGCCACUCCAUCUGUGCGCUUGGCGAAGCUUUCGCCUGGCCCAUCCAGGGUUUAAUCCGUCAUUUCAGACCCGAACUUGAAGCCAGGAUACAGAAAUUCGCUGAGCAGCAGGGUGGAAAGCAAUCGUUUGCAGGUGGCUGGGAUCCUUCCGCUCGUGAUGCGGGUAAGCUGAUUGCUCCGGGACAGUAA